AUGUAUAAGCUGGUCUCCUGCUGUUUGCUUUUCAUAGGAUGCUUAAAUCCUCUCUGGUCUCUUCCUGUCCUUGACUCCAGGGAAGAGCCCCUGCAGCUCUCAGCACCUGAAGAUGUCGAAUCAACUUUGGAUGAGCUGGAAAGAGCUUCCCUUCUGCAGAUGCUGCCAGAGAUGUCAGGUGCAGAGACAGGAGAUGGUCUUAGGGAAGCAGAUCUCGGUACCAACAUUUUUUACCCAAGAGGAAGUGUGAGAAAAUUUCAGGCUUUCUCAGGACAAGAUCCUAACAUUUUACUGAGCCACCUUUUAGCCAGAAUCAGGAAGCCAUACAAGAAACGUGGAACUCCCUCGGAAUGCUUCUGGAAGUACUGUGUCUGAAGUGACAUGAACAUCUACUAGGCAACACAAAACCAACCAUCUCAGAAAGAGUCAAAUAAAAACGCUUGAUUUGAAAGCAGUAUAGAUGAAAAACUAGGCAAGCUAUACCCUGUUCAUUAUUAUUUGGAAAAUAAAUCCUCUAUGUUUUACAAAUAUCAUGAGUGGUUCUUUUACUUAUAAACAUAUCCUGAAAAUCUAUCCUUGAAUUUAUCUUUAAAGAAUUAUCUAAAAGUUUAAAAGUAAACAAAUAAAUGAAAAGAAGCAAAUACUAAGAAGAAAAAAAUCAUAAAAGUAAAUUUUAGUUAAAACAGUAAAACUACAAAUCAUUUAACCUACAUUAUCUUAGCGAUGAUGUCCUCUCAACCCUUAAAAAUAACAACCUGAGUUAUUACUUAAAAAAAAAAAAAAUCAGUAUCUUAGCUUGGAAAAGCGUCCGAAGUGAAAGAUGCCUAAAGUUAAGGGCUGGGAAGUCUGAAUUCUUUGUUUUUGAAGGAGGGCGUCCACACACUCCGAUCCCCUCUCCCUUAGUUAACCUAAGUACUGAACACUUGAAAACUUUAAUCUCUUAACACUGAAGCUUGUUUGAUGUCAGUUUCUGUGAGCUCAAGGAGCACAGUACUAGAAAAAUUCCUUAUCUGUUUCUUAGAGAAGAAACUUGAGGUGGGAUUUAAGAUUGUGGAAUGGAAAUAUAGCCUGGUUUGUUAAUUUUUAAAAAGCAUGUGUGUGUGUGCACAUACUAACUUAUCCUCUUAAUACAUCUAUACCAUCGUAGCUUAUCUAUGUAUAGAGUAUGGAGCUGAGACCCGCGAGCUCCACGCAGCUCCCAGCACGGCCCAUGCCCGCGGGAGAGCACUUCUCAAGGGAAACCCAGGCUCCCCUUCUCGGCUCUGUAGCCAAUCACACCCCCAACUCAGGAGGAAUGAAGGGUCAGGUCCGCACCAAACAGCCACAUAAUCGGUAUUGACCUUGUCAACCACCAUCCAAAAUCUCUUUAGAGCGCAGGUCUGAUAAAUCUUCCCUUUCCUCGUCUAAGACAUCAAGAACAAAUCUGUAGGCAAGUUGUUUCUAGCUUGAAGGAUGGACGCGUCAUCUCAGGAACAUGCUGACAUGUGGCUGUGAGGAUGCUGUGACAUCGCUCGCUGCUGAACUUCAACUGAAUCCAGUUCCCUAACACAGGACUCUGGCCGCACAAGUGCCAGUAUGUUUAUGACACCAGCAAGCGCUUAGGGUGGACUCCAUCGCCGUAGAAUCCCAAAUCCCUCCCGUUUUGUGAUACUAGGGCAGCUGCUCUUACAGCCGGGGCUCUGGCGUCAAGUCAUUGCUCCCACCCAGCUGUGAGCCCCCAGCCGGGCCAUCCAGCUCUCUGCACCCCCGUGUCCUUCUCUGUAAAAUGAGGGCAGCGACGCUGCUUAUUCCGUGGUUGUAUUAAAUGAGAUCAUUCAUGGGCAGCACCGGAACGGUCCCUGCGGGAGGAGUACACGUCCCAUCUACACUGAGCUCUCUUCCCUUCUUGGGUUGCUGUUGUUUUAAAUGACAGGAGGUGCAGGUGGUUUGAAAGGUGUAACAUUCAGCAAGUCAUGUUGGCUUCAGGAUUCCGAUUCAUAUUUUAAUUCCAAGGUUCUGUUGCUGCCAGUUCCACAGUCAGACUUUGUGAAACACAGGUUCACUCUACAGAAUCUGAAAGAGUAAUCUUGAUAACUAAAUUUUGUAAAUGAGGCAUUAAAAUUAGUAUUAAAGGGACUUCCCUUGUGGCGCAGUGGUUAAGAAUCCACCUGCCAACGCAGGGGACAUGGGUUCGAGCCCUGG